AUGCAGAUCAUUGAUCAGGUUGUUAUACUUGAAAGUCAUACACCAAAAGAGACUUUUGAUGAGAUCAAAGAAGUUUAUGGUGACAAUGCACCAUCAUAUGAUGUAGUCAUGCACUGGCAUUGCCAGUUCAAAUGUGGUCGGACAUCAGUGGAAAUUGCUCCUAUUCCUGGACAGCCACAUUCUGUCAUUGAUGACAACACCAUUCAUAAAGUGGAAGCCUCCAUUUUGGAGGAUUGUCACAUAACUAUUCAGCAACUAGCCCAAGAGGUGAAGAUCUGUGGAAAAAAUCAUUCACAACCAUUUGCACAUGCAGAAGUUGUUGGUACGAUGGAUUUCCUGGAUGCUCACACCUUUUCAGAAGCAGGAACAAGUCAAUUGUUCCCAGGCUCUUUUGGCAAUGUGGAGGACUUUGUCCUGUACUACCAAUUUCCUCUGCAAAAUCAGGAUAACGGUAGCCCAUCUGAGAAAUAA